AUGGAGGGCUCUACAGAGGAUCUAGGAGCCCCGGAGUCAUGGGAAGUUGCCGAUUUGGACGACUCCAUGAACCGCUUGAACCUUUUGAUAUCUUCCAGCAAAGAUUCCAAGGCUCACGACCACACCGACGCUGCUUCGCCGCAUCCUCCUUCUGCUGCUUCUUCUUCUUCUUCCGCCACUGGGGAUAAGGUCUUCGAUGAUGCCGUCAAUCAGGUUGAUCAGUUCCUUCGUGAAGCAAUUCAAAACCCCCGUGAACGCCUUUCAGUUUUACGGAUGGAGCAAGAUGUUCUGAAUUUUAUUCAAGAUCCUAAUCAGCAGCAGAUUGAGUUUAAUCAGCUUCCAACAUCCUAUUUAAGGUUGGCUGCACACCGGGUGGCUCAGCAUUAUUCAUUGCAGUCAAUGGUUUUACAGGAUAAUAAUAGUUUACCGGAUGGUUCUGGGUCAAGAAUUAUUGUUCGCAAAACUGCUGAAUGUAAGCUUCCUGUUAUUCGCCUAGCAGACAUCCCAGUAAAAUUUCCAUCAGAAAAUAAUGCUGUAAUGAAGGUUGCAAUCAAAUCGAGGCCACAGAAGCAAACACAUGUUCUUAACAAUGCAAAUUCAAACUCGGGGAAGAAAAACAACUCUAAAAGUGUGGAAGAGAGAAAAGAGGAGUAUAAUAGGGCUCGUGCUAGGAUCUUUAGCUCGAGUAAUAAUGGUGGUACAGUGGUUGGGAAGCCAGAAUGUGAGACAAGGCAGCUGGAUAACUCAUUGCAUGGUUCCUGUGGUUUUACUCGUGGGGAAGAUAAAAAUGCUUCCGUAUCUGAUGUUAGUUCCAGUAGGGGGGUGGUUGGUUCUUCAACUAAUACCUGGAGGGGGCUGGUUGAGCCUUCAACAUAUACCAAUAGGGGGCUUGUUGAAUCUUCAACUAAUAUCAGUAGGGGACUGGUUGAAUCUUCAACUAAUAUCAGUAGGGGACUGGUUGAAUCUUCAAGUAAUACCAGUAAGGCUAGAAGUAGGACAGAGAAGGAGUCAGUUGGUAGGUACAGGCAAAGUAACAGGGUGGCCAUAUUCCGGGACCGUGAAAUUGACCGCAAGGAUCCUGAUUAUGACAGAAGCUAUGAUAGGUAUAUGCAAAGAUUUGAUCCUGGGUUUGGAUUCAGUGGUGGAUCAUACCCAAUUCAGCCGAUGUAUGCACCGGUAUUGAAUUACAACACUGAGUUCCCACAGCUUGGAUCCCCUCAUGGCCCCCAACGAUCAGCUGAACACCAACCACGCCCUCUUCCGCAACAUAUAUCUGGGCAGCAUAUAUCAGGGCAACAUAUAUCAGGAACUUGGGUUGCACAAUCAACACCUGCUGGAAUUGGAUAUGGACAUCCAGAGACCAUGAUGUCACCAUUUAAUCAUAAUCAAGUUGGUGCACACUCUUCAUCAACCAUGUAUUUGCAUUCACCUCAGUAUCCCUGUCAGCACCCUGGAAUGCCUUUUAUCCAUCCCGAACAUAUUCGCCAGCCCUUUGCACAGUCUCAUCAACCACCACCUGAAGCAAAUUUUGGAUUGGCCCGGCCCCGAUGA